AUGGCACCCAAAUUGGGAGGCGACAAGCAAACGCCAGUACCGAAGCAGUAUACAUCCCCGGCCAGUCUAUUCCUCAAAGAAGAAGUCUACCGACUCGGUGCAUUGCCAGGCCUGAGAUCCCUGCCCCCAGGCCCAGAGCGUGACUUUAUCACUCUCUCAUGGGGACCCAUCGUCUACCGCACCUCUUACUCCCCCGAAUCCAAGCGCCUCCUCCCUGUAUUCAUGCGCUACCUCAACCAUUCCGUGAGCCGGGCAUUGCGCCGGACGUUGACAGGAUCCGAUGAAGAAAUCCAAAUUCUCACAGAGACAUAUUCUUCCAAGAUUUUCAACUCGCGAGAUAUGUUCGCCGAUUUGAAUGAGGAAGAGAUUCGACAAGUGUUUCAUGAUUUCAAGGUGUCACUCGCGAUGCCUGAAAUAGAGCUCCCAAGCAGACUGCGCAUAUGCUUGAUGCUCGAUGAUGCAGUCUUCUCGCACUUGAAAUGCGCUUUAGAUCGUUCGUCGAAGGCCGAGAGGGAUGCAGAUGUGGGUGGAUGCUGGGUGAAGGUUGUUGAGGAGAAUUUUCCGGAUUCGAGGAUUGAUGAUCACCCGCUCACGAGCCACGAUAUAGAACGUGUAUCUAGUUACGUUACAGAAAACCAGGGGGAUUAUCAUGGGUGGACGAUAGUGGCACUCGAUGCAUUGGUAGAAAUCUUUGAUGGGCUUCGUCAGAUGAAACCCCUGGUUGAGUAUCAUCGGGAGGGACAGGUAUAUUUGGGAGAGGGCAAAUGGAUUUAG